UAAUAUGUAGCAAAUUAGUAAAGAGAAAGAGUAGUAAUAUCAGUAAUAUAUGGACCUGGAGAAGGAAGUUAUUGGCACUCUGGCCAAAGUUAGACAAUAUGAAGCUUCAAUGACUUAACUAAAAAGAAAUAUUCAGAAAUGUCAAAUUACAUUAAAGGAACUUGGAAGUAUUGAGGAACAGAAGACAUAUCAGCCUGCGGGUAAAUGGUAAUAGAUUUAACUUAAAUAACAGCUUCAUUCUUAAACCAAAAAAGGAUAUUGCAAAUGAAGUUGUUGAAAUUAUUAAAUCUCACGAAAAAGACAUUGAUGAGUAUGAAAAAGUCAGAUAGCAUCUAAUUACAAAAGGAAAAGAGAAGGAAAUAUAAUUAUAAGAAGCAAUGAAAGCAUUAAAAAUUUGA